CCCGGCCCGGGGGAGCAAUGACAUCACGCGGCCUUCUGCAAGCUCCGACACAAAGAGCGGCUGGGAGAGGCCUCGGCCAGGGAGGCCGGUGGCAGCCGCUGUGUCUCCGGGCCCCCCGGCUCGGGCUCCACCAGUGGGCUCGCCUGCUGGCCUGCGCCCUGCCAUCGCCGACGCCGCCCCGGGAGCGCAGCUGAGCCCGCCCGGCCGCCGGCCCCUUCCCUGCGGGCGCAGGCCCUGGGAGGGGCGCCGGGAGCCUGCCGCGCAGCAUGCACUGGGGGGUUGGCUUUGCCUCUUCUAGGCCGUGCGUGGUGGAUCUGAGCUGGAACCAGAGCAUCUCCUUCUUCAGCUGGUGGGCCGGGUCGGAGGAGCCCUUCUCCUUUUAUGGGGAUAUCAUCGCUUUCCCUUUGCAGGAUUACGGUGGGAUCAUGGCAGGGCUGGGCUCUGAUCCCUGGUGGAAGAAAACCCUUUAUUUGACCGGGGGAGCUUUGCUGGCCGCGGCUGCGUAUCUGCUGCACGAACUCUUGGUCAUUAGGAAACAGCAAGAGCUUGACUCCAAAGAUGCUAUUAUUCUGCAUCAGUUUGCAAGACCUAACAAUGGUGUCCCCAGUUUAUCUCCUUUCUGUUUGAAAAUGGAAACGUAUUUAAGGAUGGCUGACUUACCCUAUCAGAACUAUUUUGGUGGAAAACUCUCUGCUCAAGGGAAAAUGCCUUGGAUUGAAUAUAAUAAUGAAAAAGUUUCUGGCACAGAAUUCAUAAUUGACUUUCUGGAAGAGAAACUUGGAGUGAACUUAAACAAAAACCUUGGCCCUCAUGAGAGAGCUGUGUCUCGCGCUGUGACCAAGAUGGUGGAAGAGCACUUCUACUGGACGUUAGCUUAUUGCCAGUGGGUGGACAAUCUCAAUGAGACCCGGAAGAUGCUGUCUCUUAGUGGUGGUGGUCCCUUCAAUAACCUGCUCAGGUGGGUCGUGUGCCACAUAACAAAAGGAAUUGUGAAGCGCGAGAUGCACGGCCACGGCAUUGGCCGCUUCUCAGAGGAAGAGAUUUACAUGCUGAUGGAGAAGGACAUGCGGUCUUUAGCAGGGCUCUUGGGUGACAAGAAAUACAUCAUGGGGCCCAAGCUUUCCACACUUGAUGCCACUGUUUUUGGACACUUGGCACAGGCGAUGUGGACCUUACCAGGCACAAGACCAGAGCGGCUGAUCAAAGGUGAACUGAUCAACCUUGCUAUGUACUGUGAGAGGAUCAGGAGGAAAUUCUGGCCUGAGUGGCACCAUGAUGAUGACAAUACCAUCUAUGAAUCUGAGGAGAGCAGCGAAGGCAGCAAGACACACACUCCGAUGCUGGAUUUUAGCUUCUACUCAAGGACAGAGACCUUUGAAGAUGAGGGAGCCGAGAACAGUUUUUCCAGAACCCCAGACACAGAUUUUACUGGACACUCAUUGUUCGAUUCUGAUGUGGACAUGGAUGACUACACAGACCAUGAGCAGUGCAAGUGAUGCCCAACCUCACUGACCCUCUUCUUUUGGAACUGCCACUCCCUGGGAUUGGUUCAUUUUCCCAGGUAGAAAUCCGUAUGAGCUGAGAGGAAAUUUUCAAGCUUGGCCCAGUUUUCACAUGUUAACUGGAGUAUAUGCCACCUUAUUUCUUUUUUCGUACAAACUAAACAUAGAACCAUUCAAAUGGUUCCAUUUAAAAGAAGCAAAAAAAAAAAAAAAAAAAAAAAAAAUGUCAGCAUGGUUCCUGAAAUCCAUUUUUUGUUUUCAUUAGAAAACCAAUAUUGUGUGGUAGGGCAGGUACUUGAGUGGGCUAUCAACUGAAUGUUUACAUUGAUUCUCUUCAACUGAGGACUUAGUAGUCAAAUGGAUUGUUGACCAUCCUUCAUCUAGUGGUUUGAAAUAAUGAGAGCUAUAGUCAGAAAAAUAUAGGAGAUAAAUGUCCUUUGGUGGCUUUUGUACUUAUGUGUAUAUGGUGUGUUGAAACAGAAGUCAAAUAAGUGUUCAAAAAGUCAAUGGACACCUACUACGUGUGAAGCACCAAGAGGGGGUGCUAAUCAAUAUCAAUUUUAUUCUAAGCCCUGCCAGUGACUAGCUGUGUGGUUUGGGGCAGGUCCUUCAACUAUCUUGUGCCUCAUUUCUCCCACCUGGGGAUGACACUACUGUCCACCUACCUACCUCACAGGGGUGUUGUGGGGAUUCAUGUGGCAACAUUAGCAUGGCACUUUAAACUUGGAAGUGGUAUGACAUGAACGUAUUUUAUUC